AUGUUUACUUCAAAGAACAAUAAUAAUGAACAAAAAUUUGAAUCAAACAUCUCACCAUUACCUCAACGACAAUCGCCACCAUAUGGUGGUAAAUAUAGCUUUGCACCUGCUAAUGCAACAUUUCUUACUCGAUUUGGUGGUUUACCAAUUUUUCUGGCAUUUUUCAUGUUCGACAUGUAUAUAAUAUGCACCACAUUGAAAUGCUGCAUCAAUUUUCGCACUCAUCUUGUUACCACAUUAGUAACAAGUCGAAUCAAUAGGAUUACAAAUUGGCAUGAUAAAUUAUCUCAAUCUGUAACAAAAGGAUUUAAAAAAGUUCGUAUUGUUAUUAUGCCGAAUCAUCAUUCUCAUCAACAAGUUACUGAUUCUCUUAUAAAUCAAUCAAUUCUUAUCGUGUAA